AGGCCCCGGAUAUUUGUGUCAGCUCUGCCGCCACCGUCUCAGCUGAUGGGUCGGGACACACGCUCGCGCUCGCGGUCGGCUGGUCGCAGGGGCCGCAGGCAACGGAGCGGGAGUCGGAGCCGAAGUCGGAGCGGGAGCCAUGAGCGGCGAGACCGCCGGCGCCGGGACGACGAAGUACGGCGCAGGCGGAGGCGGCAGAGCCGGGAGCGCAGCUUGCGGGACCAGUGUAAACACCACCUUCUCCUGUCGGGUUCGGACGAACACCGGUGGCGGCGGCAAAGGCGGCAGAGCCAGAGUCCGCCGCCCCCACGCUGGCGGUCGCGGGGCCGGUCCUCCCAGUCUGACUCCGAUGACGAGCGCCAGGAGCAGCAGCGGGGCCGGUGGGCCCGCCGGCGGCGGACGCGCUCUUGGUCCCCGGGCUCCUCGGCGUCCGGCUCGGCCUCCCCGGACCGCUCCCAGAGCCCCCGGGAGGCGGCGGCGGCCCUGAGCCACCAGCACAGCCUGCAGGAGCGGCUGCGGCUGCGGGAGGAGCGGAAGCAGCAGGAGGAGUUGAUGAAGGCCUUCGAGACCCCCGAGGAGAAGCGGGCCCGGCGGCUGGCCAAGAAGGAGGCCAAGGAGAGGAAGAAGCGGGAGAAGAUGGGCUGGGGGGAGGAGUACAUGGGCUACACCAACACCGACAACCCUUUCGGCGACAACAACCUCCUGGGCACCUUCAUCUGGAACAAGGCCCUGGAAAAAAAGGGGAUCGGCCACCUGGAGGAGAAGGAGCUGAAGGAGCGGAACAAGAGGAUCCAGGAGGACAAUCGCCUGGAGCUGCAGAAGGUAAAGCAGCUGCGGCUGGAGCGCGAGCGCGAGAAGGCCAUGCGGGAGCAGGAGCUGGAGAUGCUGCAGCGGGAGAAGGAGGCCGAGCACUUCAAGACGUGGGAGGAGCAGGAGGAUCACUUCCACCUGCAGCAGGCCAAGCUGCGCUCCAAGAUCCGCAUCCGGGACGGGAGGGCCAAGCCCAUCGACCUGCUGGCCAAGUACAUCAGCGCCGAGGACGACGACCUGGCCGUGGAGAUGCACGAGCCCUACACCUUCCUCAACGGCCUCACCGUGGCCGACAUGGAGGACCUGCUGGAGGACAUCCAGGUAUACAUGGAGCUGGAGCAGGGCAAGAACGCGGACUUCUGGCGGGACAUGACCACCAUCACGGAGGACGAGAUCGCCAAGCUCCGCAAGCUGGAGGCCUCGGGCAAGGGCCCAGGUGAGCGGCGAGAAGGGGUCAACGCCUCGGUCAGCUCUGACGUGCAGUCGGUCUUCAAGGGGAAGACGUACGGCCAGCUUCACGUCAUCUUCCAGGGCAUCGAGGGCAAGAUCCGGGCCGGGGGCCCCAACCUGGACAUGGGCUACUGGGAGAGCCUGCUCCAGCAGCUUCGGGCCCACAUGGCGCGCGCCAGGCUCCGCGAGCGGCACCAGGACGUGCUGCGGCAGAAGCUGUACAAGCUGAAGCAGGAGCAGGGUGUGGAGAGCGAGCCUCUGUUCCCCAUCCUCAAGCAGGAGCCCCCGUCGCCGGGCCACAGCCUGGAGCCUGAGGACCCUGCCCCGACCCCACCCGGGCCCUCCUCCUCCGAGGGGGCCUCGGGGGAGCCGGAGGCGGAAGGGGCGGCCCCCGCGGAGGGCGAGGCGGACGGGGAGGCUGUGCUCAUGGAGGAGGACCUGAUCCAGCAGAGCCUGGACGACUACGACGCGGGCAAGUACAGCCCCCGGCUGCUCACGGCCCACGAGCUGCCGCUGGACGCGCACGUGCUGGAGCCCGACGAGGACCAGCAGCGCCUACAGCUGUCCCGGCAGCAGCUGCAGGUCACAGGGGACGCGAGCGAGAGCGCGGAGGACAUCUUCUUCCGGCGCGCCAAGGAGGGCAUGGGCCAGGACGAGGCGCAGUUCAGCGUGGAGAUGCCGCUGACCGGCAAGGCCUACCUGUGGGCCGACAAGUACCGGCCGCGCAAGCCCCGCUUCUUCAACCGCGUGCACACGGGCUUCGAGUGGAACAAGUACAACCAGACGCACUACGACUUCGACAACCCGCCGCCCAAGAUCGUGCAGGGCUACAAGUUCAACAUCUUCUACCCCGACCUCAUCGACAAGCGCUCCACGCCCGAGUACUUCCUGGAGGCCUGCGCCGACAACAAGGACUUCGCCACCCUGCGCUUCCACGCGGGGCCGCCCUACGAGGACAUCGCCUUCAAGAUCGUCAACCGCGAGUGGGAGUACUCCCACCGCCACGGCUUCCGCUGCCAGUUCGCCAACGGCAUCUUCCAGCUCUGGUUCCACUUCAAGCGCUACCGCUACCGGCGGUGACGGCCGGGGCCCCUCCCGCCCGGACC